AUGGACACGCGCUGCCCGGGCAACACCCUCCUCGGAGUCGCCUUUCUUCGGGACUGGCGGUGGAUAAUCAACACCCGGGGGUACGCCACGAUCGUGCCCUCCCCGGACUCCGUCGUGUACGCGCUGCUGUACACGCCACCCCGCCGGACGAGGCCGCGCUCGACCGCCACGAGGGCGUCCCGCGGUCGUCACGUAAAAAGCAGACGCACCCCGUCACGCUCGUCGGCCCCGACGGGUCACACAGCACCACCCUCGACGCGCUCGUGUAUGUCGAUGUGCAGCGCACGCAAGAGGGCCCGCCCGAAGCCCGAGUACGUACACCGGAUCAACAGCGGGAUCUGCGGCGGGUGCGGGCCGGGCGUGCCGGAGGAGUAUGUGCGGGAGUGUCUGCGGCCGUUUAUCCCGGAGGAACAAGAGAAAGCAUUGGGCAGGCCGGUGGAGGCGGGGGCGUUGGCGGCGGCGUUGGGAAGGCUGGGGUGA